GGUUACAACACAAUAAAAGGUUGUGAGAUCAGCAGGAAGACCAAUCACUGACACUCAGUUCAACCAGCAAGCAGCUCAAAGAAUCAACCAUGACACAGAUGAAGAUGAAAGCCUCUGUCGCCGUGGUGACCUUCUUCCUACUCUUCUCAUCCGUCCUGACAUCUAAGCCUGGUUACCAGCCACAAACAUGCUGCAGAAGAUUCUACCAGAAAAAGAUACCUGAUCAUGUGGUGCAGAGCUUCAGAUACACGAGCGUGACGUGUGCUAUGAGAGGUGUUAUUAUUACGAUGACAACUAACAAAGACAUCUGUGUUGACCCGUCCUCAGAGUGGGUGAAGAAACUCGUGAAUGUUCCUACAGUAAAGCCCAUCUCCACUUUGACCCAGAAUUCAUAGUUACUGGAUUUAUAAACCUUUAAAGAUAUCAGAGAAGACACAGCUAGAACAUAUUAAGGCUGCUUUAUGUUUACAGCUAAAGAAAACGCUCAUCAAAUGUUACCUGUAUUGCAAAAUAUAUUCUGCUGCUUUGAGACAGUUUAUCAUGAAUCUUCUAAAGGUGUACACAAAGAAAUAUGAUUAUUUUCCUUGUUUUGUAUUAUUGGGAAUUUUUUUUCUCAAUUUUUACUUUUAAUAAACCAAAUAUCAAAACUGC